AUGUUCUCCCUCAGGUUGAUCACUGCCAUUGCUGCUUUGGCUUCCACUGUGGUGGGUAGCUCUGUGCAGGGAAAAUGCCCUACCGGUGAUGUUGACAUGAAGGCCUUUGCCAAAAGCCUUUCCCGCACUGCCGAAGUCUAUUACCCUGGUUCCAGUGGCUUCGAAAAUGUCACCACCCGCUGGUCUGUUCUCGAGGAACCCAAGGUUAAAUAUGCCAACAAGAAGAACGUCCCAUUUCUCGCCUACAAUGGGGUCCACGGGGCCCUUGUUUCCUUGGGUAAAAUGGAUCACGGAAUUGGCAUCUCUCUUAGCAAGUUGCGAAGUGUCAAGGUUAACGACGAUGGCAAGACUGCCACAAUUGGAGGUGGAGUCAUGUCCAAGCAGAUCACCGAUGACUUGUGGGCAGCUGGAAAGCAGACCGUUACUGGAACCUGCGAGUGUGUCAGCUAUCUGGGGCCUGCACUUGGUGGUGGACAUGGCUGGCUCCAGGGCCACCACGGACUUGUCGCUGAUCAGUUUGUCUCGAUGAAUGUUGUACUUGCUGAUGGCACUUUGACCACCAUCGAUGCCGACUCUGAGCUGUGGUGGGCAAUGAAGGGCGCAGGUCACAACUUUGGCAUUGUUACCUCAGUCACCUCUAAGAUCUACGAUAUCGAGCAUACUGACUGGGCCAUCGAGACCAUCACUUUCAGUGGCGACAAAGUCGAGGCUGUUUACCAAGCUGCCAAUGACUAUCUCGUCAAAGACGGCACCCAGCCCGCCGGCGUCAUCAACUGGUCUUACUGGAUGAACGAUGGCUCUGACCCCAACAGCCCUGUUAUCGUCUUUUAUAUCAUCCAGGAAGGAGUCAAGGCUGUCGAGUCCACUUACACCAAGGCAUUCCACGAUAUCGGACCUAUCUCUAUCAAUCCUCAAUCAGGAACAUAUAAGGACCUCGCCAACUGGACCAGCAUCGCCGUCGACUCCCCUCCAUGCCAGAAACUCGGCUUCGCCAACCCUCGCUUUCCCAUCUAUCUGGAACAAUACAACGUUCCCGCCCAGAAGAAGGCCUGGGAUAUCUACGCUCCCGCCGUUAGCGGCUCUUCUCCCUUCAACAACUCCAUCUUCAUGUUCGAGGGGUACUCCGCCGAGGGCGUCCACGCCAUCGCUGCUGACUCCACUGCGUUCGCUUUCCGCUCGGAAAACAUCCUUGCCGCCCCAAUGAUCAACUACGCCCCUGCCGGUGAGGCCCUGGAGCGUAAGGCUGCCGAUCUUGGCAACCAGCUUCGCAACAUCCUCUCUGCGGCGACCGGUCGCGAUGACUUCCGCGCCUACAUCAACUAUGCCUAUGGCUCGGAGACAUCGCAGCAGAUCUACGGUAGCGAACACUGGCGUCAAGAGCGCCUGCGUGGACUCAAGCACAAGUAUGACCCCCGAGGUAAGUUGAGCUUCUAUGCUCCUAUCGAGUAA